AUGGACCCCAAAAUUGUUAUCUGGAAUAUUCGAGGUCUAAAUGACCUGAACAGGAGAGAGGCAGUCAAAAAGAAAACUAGAGAUUGGAAACCCAGUAUUGUUAUGUUGCAGGAAACCAAAAUUCAACAAUACAACGAUCUGAUGGUUUUGCAAUGUUGGAGCAAUAGAGCAGUCAAAUUGCUAGAUUUUCCUUCACAAGGAAGCUCUGGAGGUAUCUUAUGCUUAUGGGAUUCUUCAAAAAUUCAUGUUUUGGAUUCUUUAAUUGGGCCUUUUUCUGUGACUUUGUUAUGUAAAAAUGUUACAAAUGGUUUUGAGUGGAUGCUUACUGGUGUUUAUGCACCAUGUUCUUCUUAUACUGAAGAAGUUAAUCUAUUUUGGAGGGAGAUAGAGGAGGUGAGGUGCUUUUGGAAUUAUCCAUGGGUUAUAGGUGGAGAUUUCAAUGAGAUUAGAUUUUCUCAUGACAGGUCUUCUGGAGGAGAUGUAACUGAUGGCAUGGAGAGAUUUAACAGAUUCAUUUCGAGACAUUAUCUGAUUGAUUUACUACUUCUUAGAGCUACAUACACUUGGACAAAUAAUCAGUUUCAGAGCAUCAGAAGUAGAAUUGAUAGAUUUCUUGUCACAGCUGACUGGGAAAUUUUUUAUCCUCAAGUUAUUCAGCAAGCAUUUGUACGCCCUUGUUCUGAUCAUAAUCCAAUUGCACUUACUUGUCAGGGGAUGCAGCAUGGGCCAUCACCAUUCCGCUGUGAGUAUUACUGGUUUUCACACCCAAAUUUUUUAAAUUUUGUCAAAGAAAUGUGGUUGUCUUUUUCAGUUUCAGGUAGUGCUGGAUUCAUCUUUUAUAAAAAGCUUCAACUUCUUAAAGCUAAAUUGAGAGAGUGGAGCACAACAGAAUAUGGAGAAAUUGACAGGAGACUUGAAGAACUGGAGGAUAUCUUUGUCACUUUGGGUGCUGCAGAAAAUGACAACAAUGGCAUGAAUGAAACUCAAUGGGAAGAGAGAGUCAAAGCCAGACAAGAAUAUUGCAAGCUUACUCUCAUCAAUGUUGAGAAGCUAAGGAGCAUAGCAAGAGUUACUCAUACAAAAGAUUUUGAGCACAACACAAAGUACUUUCAUAGACCUAUCAAUGAAAGAAGAAGAAGAAGUUUUAUUGGCUCAAUUAAGGUUAACGGGUUGACAAAUGAUGAUCAAGAGAUAAAGAGUGGCAUUGUCUCUUACUUCAAAGACAUUUUUCAGAAUCAAAGUGCUAGAAGUGUUUCAAUGGAAGGUAUGAAUUUUCCUCCAAUUGGUGAAGAAAUGAAAUUGUGGCUUAAAAGGGACUUUGAUGAAGAUGAAUGUAUUGCUGCUAUUAAAAUGUUGGGACAAUUUAAGGCCCCAGGGCCAGAUGGUUCCCAAUCAAGUUUUAUUCUCUUUGUUGGGAAUUUAUGA